CUUCAUGCCGCUGAAUGGGGCUUUUGGUUUGUCCCGGUGCACGCCGGCUUGGAUGGGGAGCCGUUGACGCUAGGGAUGAGCGCCAGUGGAAUUAAGGAAGUGAUGGAGAGUAAUUAUGGUCAAAUAGUGGAGUGUCUCAGUGUGGAAGCUCACCGCACCCUUGAAGGGGCUAAGGGUAUCCUCAGUAAGGAGGAACUGGAUCUUAUCGUGAGCAAAAAAACAAAUGUGGAAAAAGUUUCAGUGUUGCUAAACAAGUUGAUGACCAAAGAUGAUGAGACCUGCAAGAAAUUCUUCGAAACUCUCAUUAUCAUUUCGCCCAAUAACAUAUUCCCAAUGUGUCUGGAGAAUUUGCUUAUGACAGCAGGAGAUGAAGUUUGGUUGCCACAGGAACUGAGAGAAUCGAAUUCCAAUGAUACUGCACACUCUGAUGUAGAAUUAAUUGCAACAGGUAACUCACAGACUGGAGGAAAGCGAAAAGCUGCGCAAGUGGCAAACACGAAAUCUACUAAUGUAAAACGAGUGAAAAAAGGUAAAUUUUGCAAAGCUAGAGAAGUAAAAUCCAGCUCUAUAGCCCCUUCCACCAACGCAUUGAACUCAGACUCUCAAGGAGCGUACAACUUAUCAUUUCAAGCAGGAGAGCAGUAUCUGAAUUUGCCAGAAAUAUCAGAUUUUGCUGAGGAUUAUAAAUCGUUGAUGAUAAAGAAUGUCUCUGAGAAGUAUGAAGCCAACUUGGCGAAAGAAGGCCAAAUGAAACAAGUGAUCAUUGAUCAAACAUUUAGGAGUGUGACCAUGAAGGAUGGAAAUGUGGCCAAACUGAAGGAGAGAAUUGAUGCUAGUCGAGAUGAUGUACUCAGUUCACCAGGGCUUGAAGAGAAUCAGGACACAGUUGCAAACCUAGCAGAGUUCCUGAACAAAAAACACGUCUCCAAUUGUAGAGUACACAUCCUACUUGGAAAAGCGGGAACUGGAAAGACGAAGUUGAUGCACAAAGUUUGCUACGAGUGGGCACAAGGGACCCUCAGUCAGUUCCAGUAUGUAUUUUUGUUUGAGUUCCGCCAACUGAAUCUAAUCACAAACAGCAUAGAUCUGAAGAGUAUGUUGUUUGACUUGUUCCUUCAGCCAGAAAGGAACUCCCAUGCAGUAUUUCGAUUCAUCAUAGGAAACCCAGAGAAAAUCUUAAUUCUGUUCGAUGGUUUUGAUGAGUUUGUGGGAAAAGCCUUUGUCCACACCUCUGCUGUUUCCAGUGACCCCAUGACUCCACUGUCAGUGGGAGAAUUAUUUUCCAGCCUGUAUAAUGGCAAACUGCUCCCAGGCUGUACGAUUCUAAUAACAUCCAGACCAAAAGACGUCCUUUCCUUGCCUUUAGAUGUUGUGAGUCAGGUGGGAGAGGUCUCCGGGUUCAACGAAAGUAAAAUCGAAGAGUAUGCCCGUCGAUUUUUCAAAGAUAGUAAACAAAAUCAUCGAGCAAUCUGCCACUUGCGGGCGAAUAGGAAGAUUUUAAACAUGUGCUACAUUCCUGCCACAUGCUGGAUAGUUUUUCUUUGUCUCGAGCGCUUGUUAACUCCAUGCACUGUCGAACCCAAGCUACCUCAUACAAUGACACAGUUCUACAUCAAGAUGCUCACUGUAUUUUUAAGCAAAGGCACCAGGUGUAAACAGACUAGUGAUAGUACUGAAACACGGCUGCUAAACAAACACAGAGAAAACAUUCAUGGAAUUUGCAACCUUGCAAUGAAAGGACUCCAGGCAAGUAAGUCUGUGUUUUAUUUGAGAGACCUCCUUUCUGAAAAGAUCACAAACUUUGCUUCCUCAUAUGGAUUUCUUACCACUUUUGAAGUGAAGACAAUAGACCAGUACCAGGAGAAUGGACAUGCCUUUGUUCACUUGACCCUGCAAGAGUUCCUGGCAGCACUUCACCAGAUGAUCGAUAGCACAAUUUCUGACCAGAUACUGAAAAGCAGGUUUUACCUUAAGUCCAAAUGGACAUCGAAGAAUGACAUGAAAAACGAGUUCACUGAUGCCGUUCACAUAUUUUUAUCCGGGUUGGCGUCGAAGGGAUGUAAGCAGUUCCUCAGUACUUUGGCAAACAAGAGUGAAAAGUGGGUGCAAAGGAAGCAGAGAGCCAUUUUACAGAACUUGCGAAAGUUGGCCACCACAAAUCUAACCGGGCCAAAAAUAAUCGAGCUGUGUCACUGCGUUUAUGAGACACAAGACUGUGAUCUUGCAUGGGAAGUUGCAGCACAGUUAAAGUCCAAGUUUGAGCUUCGAAACUUCAGGCUUACUCCAGCAGAUGUGACUGUUCUGACGUUUGUGAUAAAUAGUGGAGCCAGCUGCAUCUGCCUGGAUAUUGGAGGCUGUGCCAUGGAUCUCGAAUGUGUCACCAUUUUGGGCACUUGUAAGAAUAUAGAAGUUCUAGUUUUCAAAAGCAGAAAGUAUGAGGACAGGUUUGCUGGAACACUAUCUGAAAUCAUUCCUAAAGUCGGCAGCUUAAAGAAGCUGAUUCUUACAUCAUGCAGUAUUAGUGUGAAGGGUAUUACCCACUUGUCUUCUGCACUGAAAGCCUGUCAUCACUUGGAGGAAAUAAACUUGCAAGAUAAUGAACUCGGGGAUGCUGGCAUUGCUGCACUUGUUGACGUGCUUCCUGAAAUGGAAAGUAUGAGAAAAAUUGAAUUUGGCAACAAUAAUUUCACUGUAGAUGGCAUUCUUGGCAUUGCAAACACCAUAAACACCUGUUCAAAUAUCCUGGAUAUCCAUGUCAGUGAUGGUGGGAAUGUUGCACAAGUUAGAUUUUUUAGAAGCUCAACUGCCAAACCAAUUAACAGGUCACUAUCACCCUCCAUGAAAUGUGAAGCCAGUCAAGAGACUCUACUCAGGAAGCUAAGCCUUGUGACCUGCAGAUUAGCAGCACAGCAUGUUCAAGCCCUUGGUGGAAUACUACAGCGUUGUCCCUUGUUGGGUUGUCUGGACUUGUCUGGCAAUGAACUGAAAGACCAUGGGCUAAGAAGACUUGUUGAUAUCCUUCCAGAUUUUCCUAUCUCCAAACAGAUUAACCUCAGCAACAAUGGCAUCUCAGAAGAUGGGGUUCUCUGCUUGGCCGCACUACUGAAGAAAUGCCCCCGGAUGGUUGAGGUCAAAGUGAGCCUGAAAUAUGACCAGACCGUGUUACUUACAUUUUCAGAACAGAGCAAGGACACUGAAGUGAGAGAUGAGCUGAAUACCCAGCCAAUGGAAUUUAGAUUGAGUAGCACUGGAGAUUCAAAGAUCAAGCCUGUCCUACUGAAGAAACUGAGUCUGACCCACUGCUGUUUUCAACUAAAGCAUUUGGAAGAGUUGGGCUGUACACUGGAGAACUGCAGUGAUCUAGCAGAGCUGGACUUAUCAAAUAACUCACUUGGAGAUGCAGGAGUUGAAAAGUUUGUUGAGCUCCUACCAAAGCUGCACGUCUCAAGACUAAUCAACAUCAGCAAUAAUUUCAUCUCGUUGACUGGAGUUCUGUGCUUGGCUGGGUGUCUGAACAGUGUCAGAAACAUAACAGAGGUGGAACUAAGCCUGGGCAAGAGUGGAAAAGGAUUAAUUAAGUUUCGUGGGAAAUGCAGACUUCAAAGGAAUAAAGAAUUUCAAGAAUCAUCAUUGUCAUUUGAAACACAAUGUGGAAAACAGGAUAUAUCUGUACCAAAAAUAAUUAGACUGGAAGAUUGUGAUAUGGAUGUUGAAACCAUGGGAAACCUCUGUUUGAUACUUGAACAGUGUUCUGGACUUACAGAACUUGAAUUGUCGAAUAAUGCACUGAGUGCUGAGGUCAUCACAGAACUAUUGAAUCAUCUAUCAAACUUUCGUGACUUGAAGAUUUUGAACAUUACAGAUAACAUUAUUUCGCCAGAUGCUAUCCUUUUGCUGGCUAAUUCUCUGAAUAUUUGUGAAAAUGUGUUGAAAGUAGAAGUGAGAGCGAGUGGGAGAGCCUCAGUAAGACUCAAGAAGAAUGUUUACAGACUUGGAGGGAAUGGGAAGAAACCAGAGCCUCCACCCUCACGGGUUCUCAGUCUGAAAGAGUGUAACCUGUGCAAGAGGAGUGUGGAAAGUCUAUUCAAGAUUCUCAAACACAGCAAGAACCUGACUGAGCUGGACCUAUCCUGCAAUUUACUUGGAGAUGAAGGAUUGCAGUGUUUGCAAGAUUCCUUACCAAAGCUGCAAGUUUUAAAAGUAAUCAAUGUGAGCAACAACAGAAUCUCUCCAGCUGGUGUUCUAUGCCUGGUGGAAUCUCUCCAUACCUGCAGUAACGUGACAGAGAUUGAAGUGAGCUUGGCUCCACCUGGAAGAUCCCUAAUAAAGUUUGCAAGGAAAUGUGAAAAGAAAGUGUGUAGUGUGAAGGAAUGUAAAUUUAAAGAGAGAGACCUGUUCAAAUUCUUCUCCAUUAUUGAACGGUGCACCCAUCUGAUGGAACUGAACCUGGCCUGCAAUAUGAUGGGGGAUGAGGGCCUACGCAAUCUGGUGGAAGUCGUGACCAAACUCAAACACUUAAAGGAACUCAACCUACAGAGGAAUGGAAUUUCUCUUGCUGCUAUGGAGAGUCUGUUGGUGUCGCUGCAGGAUUUUCCAAAAGCAUUAACAGUCAGGUUUGAGGAGUGGUGGAUAGAUGGUGAAAAUGCUGCCGAUCUUGUGCAAUGUGCCUGUAGCCAUUUGAACGUUGCAGACAUUGGUGUGAAGAACAGAACAGUUUCCAUAACGCUGGUUGACAGUAGCUGGCGACUUGCUGAUUAUAACAGCACCAGAACAGACCCUGGAGCACAGCAUCCUUCUCUGCAAUCGAUCAGUUUAUACCAGUGUGGAAUUGAGGCUCCCCAAUUCCUUCGUCUCGCACCCUUAAUUAAGCAGUGUCCACAACUACUGGAGCUCCAUUUAUUUCAAAACAAAAUCGGCAACAAAGGAGCGGAAAUAUUGGCUGAGAUCCUUCCAGUGUUUCGGAGACUGGAGAAGGUUAGCCUCGAAUCCAUUGGCAUCAACUCACAUGGGAUGGUGAUCCUAGCAACAUGUCUCCGCAAAUGUCGCAGCAUCGAAGACAUAAACCUGUCACAAAAUGAGCUGGGAGAGGAGGGAGCAACUGAACUGGGGAAAAUCCUUCCAGUGUUGGAACAAUUGAAGAAGAUCAACUUCUCUGGAAUUUCUACAGCUGCCGGUUUGGCCGGAACAAACAGAUUGGCCAUGGGGCUAAGUAACUGCACGAGGCUGGAGGAGAUAAAUUUGGAUUCCUUGGUGCUGAGUGACAGCGGGGCGCAGUUGUUAGCAGAUGGGAUGCGAAGAAUGGCCUGUCUGAAGAAAUUAAAUUUGAGGUCAAACUCCAUUGGUUACAAAGGGGCAGAACAUCUUGCAAGAGGACUGAAUGGCUGCCCUGCAAUUGUAGAAAUAGAUUUAUAUGGUAAUUCCAUUGAAGAUGUGGGAGCGAUGAAACUUGUCGAUGUGCUUCCUGUUAUGAAACAUUUGAAAAUAUUAAACUUGACUCAGAACAACAUCACAGCAACCAGUGGGGAGAGGCUGGCACAAGCUCUCAAACAGUGCCCAUCAGUGGAAGAGAUUCAUUUGUCCAGGAACAAGAUCAGCGAUCAGACGGCAAAGAAAUUGUCUGAAGCCUUGCCAAAGCUGCCCAAUUUAAAGAUUCUGAACCUCCAUUCCACUGAGCUCACUGCUGACGGAGGAGAAAGCCUGGCACAGAGUCUUGUGCUGUGUCCAAGUGUUGAAGUGAUAAGUUUGCCUGAAAAUAGCAUUGGGAACAAAGGAGUGAUGGAGCUCGCAAUGGCUCUACAAAAAAUGACAUCUUUGAAAAAGUUGGACCUGCAGCUGACCAGGUUUGAUGACAGUGUGGCAGAGGAGCUCGCAGCUGGACUUGUGUACUGUCCCAGUAUUGAAGAGGUCAUCUUAUCCUGGAAUGACAUCAGUGACGAGGGUGCAGUGAGACUGGCUGAGGCCCUACCAAGGAUGCAAUGUUUAAAGAAACUAGAUUUGGAAGGGAACAAAAUCACAACAGUUGGAGCAGAAAAGCUAGCAGCAAGUCUCCUCCAAUGCUCCUUUGUGGAAGUGAUUAGGUUUGCAAAGAGAAUGUUAACCUACUGUUCCCUCCCUGUCAAUGCAGGUUGUGGAAGAACAAAAUAUCCAAGAACAGGGAACAGAGUCUUCAGGAACUGGAUUCCAGAUUAAAUUUCCUGUCUGUUUAGAGCAACACUUACAACACACAAUCAUUUGUAUAAGUAUUAUGAGCAUUCCUGAGGGAAAUUAGAUUUUGCACUCUUUAAAGCACUUUGCUUUUCA